AUGACACAAGCUCCAUGGUCUCUGGCACGCAAAACCGCUAUUGUUACCGGCGGAUCGCGAGGCAUCGGCCGAGCUAUCGCAAUCCAUCUAACGUGCAAGGGGCUCAGCAAGCUGGCGAUCACAUACAUCAGCAACCUCGCAGCAGCGGAAUCAACGCUAGACGAAUGCCGAAAAAACGGACUUGGGAUGGGUAUCGCGAUUAAAGCCGACCUCCUUGAUCCAAACAUUGGCCAUGGUCUCGUUCAGCAAGCGUUAGCUGGCCUCGAAACACCAACCAUCGACAUUCUUGUCAACAACGCCGCCUAUCUCGAUCCAAGCGAGGCGGCUUCUGUUGAAGAACUAACGCUCCCCGUCUUCCAGAAGGUGAUGCAGGCGAACGCUUUCGCGCCAAUUUCUAUAAUUAGCGCCACAAUGCCCCAUCUGCCUGUCUCCGGUGGGCGCGUUAUCAAUAUUUCCAGCGCGGCAGCUAAGUUGGCGAACCCAGGUCCUGUUAUGACUUACGGCGCAAGUAAAGCCGCGUUGGAUAGCUUUACUCGCUCUCUAGCUGCCGAAUUCGCUACGGACAAGGCGGCCACAUUUAAUACGGUUUGUGUUGGUCCGACUGUUACAGAUGGGUUUCAUGUCGUUGGGAAGUUGUACCCUGAGGGUUUUAUGGAGGAGCUGGCGAAGGCGUUCACUGCGGCACAGAGAGUUGGCAUGCCCCAAGAUAUUGCGUUCAUUGUUGGGUUCCUUGCGGGGGAGGAGGCAAGAUGGGUGAAUGGGGCGUGUAUGAGCGCUAAUGGGGGGUUUCGCGAGGUUCUUCCAGCUCUAAGUUAG